AUGUCUAUGAUUGCAAAGAAUCGCACAAAGAGUUCCUGGACACCUUUGAGUAACGAGGAAACCAAUAAUAAGAUAUUUGAAGAAAGAUCUUCCUUGUUAGGAAAAUGGUAUGAUAAGUGGACAGAUGAACAAAGAAGAAAAGUUUUAGAAGACUUGAUGAAUAGGUCUAAAAUAAAACAGCUAAAAUUUGUGCAGGAGAUUGUGAAUGAAAAAGUACCGUGUAUACGUGAAGACUUUACCAGAGAACUGCCAAAAAUUUUAUCUAUUUACAUUUUUUCAUUCCUGGACCCCAGAAGUUUAAGUCGAUGUGCGAGGGUUAGCUGGUAUUGGAAAACCCUAUCAGAAACUGAUUCCUUAUGGAUGCCUAAAUGUCUACGAUUUGGUUGGUUUCUGCCGUUUACUCCCAGUCCUUAUGAAGUCGGUGUAUGGAAAAGAAAUUACAUAGAAAAUAUCAAGUACAUCCAUGUACUCAGACCUAGGGACACAACGCUGAUGCUUGAAAACCUGCAGCUGGAGACGGAGAAAAAGCGGGCUAAGUCAGUGAGGACCAGUAAAGACAAACAGAAAAUCACACCCUGGAGAGGGUCUGACCCCCACCCUAAAGACACGUGGAGGAAUAAUGUUCUGGAAAAUGAUGAUUAUGUUGACAGUGUUAAAAAGAGGUAA